UUAACGUUCAACCCAUUCCUCUGGAGAGAUGGCCGUACCCAGAGCCCACCAUGCAGCCGGCAACAGCGCCGAAUAUUGCCUUCCCAGGGUCUCUCGUACACUGAUGAUUAGGGGAUACGAACCGCUGGAGACCAUUCGAUCGGCGAGCAAAUUCCAUUGCGUUUUUGUCGACGCUGUUCGUGCACAUCACUGGGUGUACGAGAAAUACCAGAUGCUACACCGCAACAUUGAGCUCAACUGCAUCAUGUGGUACGAGCGGGACGGACGGGUCGUCGGCGUGUUGUGUGACUGGGACCUUGCGGAAGACCAGAGUACGGGCGAGUACAGACCCACUCGUCGUGCUGGUGACGCUGCUGCGGUGAUAUGGCCGCCAGACCCAGAACCAGCCGCGCAGUCGGCGACGAAACCGAGUCUGCCUUCCAUCGCCGAGGGUGAAGCAACGGAACAGCCCCAAAAUCUGGAGGGCGCGGGACCGUCGAACACGGCGACAGAGCCCCAGGCCGUAGUCAAGCCAAGGUACCGCACGGGUACGGGCCCGUUUAUGGCAUUGGACCUCUUGCGCGAGGGCGACCCACCUAUCCACAAGUAUCGGCACGACCUGGAGUCGUUCUUCUACGGCUAUAUCUAUUUUGCUGCGGCAUACAACCCAGACGAGCAGGCCUUCGGCUACAUCAAAGAAUGGCAGCGUGCUUCCCUCGUCGACAUCGGACACAGCAAAGGGGACUUCCUCCUUGAAGAAAAAGUUCGUACCCGCGUCAUGAAACCCGCCCACCAUACUCUGAGGCCGCUGCUGGACGAGGAUAGCCCUCUGAUGGACCUCCUGGAUGUUUUCUUAGACCUCGAGAUUAAGGCGAGCUACAUCCGACUUCUCAGGAGCACUGCGAAGAAGGCGUUUCGCAAUCAAGCUGAAAUUGAAGAGAAGGAGAGGGAGAGGGAGGAAGUCGUGACGUAUAGCAAAUUCAUGAGAAUCCUGAGGGCGCCCGAGGUUGUUGAUGCGUAGAGGGUGGUCCUAAUUGGCAUGUAAUCGUGGUUCCGCUUUCUUCCAAUACUCCUCAUAUCUCAUUAUGUCUGGUUCAUCAUAUGUACAUGCGAAGCUGACGUUUCGUUGCGACAAAUUUGUAUUAUCACUGUAUAAUCUCAAGGCAUCGUCGUCCUCUA